AAGAACCAAAAAAAAAAAAAAAGCCCAGCAAAGUCUGAAGUUAAUCUCAACCGUCCGAUCAAUUCAUCUUACCAUCGUCACAGAUCCUCUUCUCCUUCGUCUCUCUCUCUCUCUCUGACUCUCUCGUUUCUCAAAAAUCAAAAUCCCUUCCUUUCUCUCUGUCACCGAGCCGGCAAGCCCGUUCUCUCGGUGAUAACUGUUUGCAGAUUCUAAAGAUGGUUAUGAUGAUGGCAAAUAAAACCAGAGAUCAAGCUUUUUUACAUUCUCAAAAAUUAUAGAAGUAGCGAUUCUAUUCAACAGCCCGCAACAUUAAAGCAAGCUUCUUCUUCUUGGUUAGUUUUUACCACUCAAAAUUCUGUUAAAUGGGUUGUUUCCAUUCCACGGCUGCGAGAGAAUUCCCAGGACACGAGAACCCUGUGACGCUAGCUUCUGAGACUGCUUUUAGUGUAAGUGAAGUUGAAGCAUUGUAUGAAUUGUUCAAGAGCAUAAGCAGCUCGGUUGUGGAUGAUGGCUUGAUAAACAAGGAAGAGUUUCAACUUGCUUUGUUCAAGAACAGAAAGAAGGAAAAUUUGUUUGCCAAUAGGAUAUUUGAUUUGUUUGAUGUUAAACGAAAAGGCGUCAUUGAUUUUGGAGACUUUGUGAGAUCACUCAAUGUUUUCCAUCCUAAUGCUUCUCUAGAGGAGAAAACAGACUUUACCUUUAGGCUUUACGACAUGGAUUGCACAGGCUUCAUUGAGCGCCAAGAGGUGAAGCAAAUGCUGAUUGCCCUUCUCUGCGAAUCUGAAAUGAAACUGGCUGAUGAUACCAUAGAGAUGAUACUUGAUCAGACAUUUGAGGACGCAGAUGUGGAUCGGGAUGGAAAGAUUGAUAAGACAGAAUGGAGCAAUUUCGUUAUCAAAAACCCAUCUUUGCUUAAAAUCAUGACUCUUCCGUAUCUCAGGGAUAUAACAACGACGUUUCCGAGUUUUGUCUUUCACUCGGAGGUGGACGAGAUUGCAACUUGAAGAAACAAGGGAAAGCUGGUUUAUAGAGACCAAGUAGCAAGUUGGACCAAGAACAAGAUUGAUUCCAAAAAAAUGUUAUGUAGCAGGAUCGAGAGCUUUAUUUCCUUGGAAUUCUAGUCUAUAGGUUUCAAUUUCAUGUAAUGCAUUGCUUUUGGCUCUCUUUCUUAACAGUUUUGAAUAUUACGUUGUCUACGAAAGAUUAAUACAGAAUCACAAUUUCUGAUUAAAGA